CGACAGUGACGGGUGGCAGUGGUGUAGCCUCCGGGAUCGGGAUUUGACAUGGCGGGCAAAGCAAAGGCUUUAUAGGCGUGCGGCGGAGAGAUGCAGUGGCCACGAGGGAAACUAGGCGAAGGCAGAAGCCUCCCUGCGUGGCCAUCCAGAUCGGCCGUGCUCGCGCGCCCAAGCGUCAAAAUCAUCAGCCUCGCCAUGACAGAGACGGUCACCUUGUUGUCUCAUUCAGCAGUCACUCGCCCGUCCUGCGGUGGCUAUUGCGGGCACUGGGAACGAAGAGCCUGCGCAGAGCGAGUCAGAGCAGCGACCAGAGCUUUGUCAACACGAGGCCGUAGUCACGGUGUGGGUCAAAGUCGCGCUUGGCCCAGGCGCCGGCCAACUGCAGACAGCCGCCGGGGCGCCGACUCACAGCCUGGGACCAACCUGGGACAAUCUCGUUCUCAUGGUCCAACACAAAGUUCUCGCUCCACCGGCCACGGGCUCGCCGAAGUUCAGGAUGGAGAACCACAAGCGGUUUCUGGAUUUUUGGGUGGGAUCAUCGACCAUCGAGCUGCAUCAAGUGACCGCGUCGCAUGAAUUCGAAGGGAUAAGAGCCCGCUACAAGCCGCGAGUCAUGCUCUCGCAGCGGCGCAAUACACACGAAGAGAGUGCAUUCUUGAUGUGCGGACACGCCAUCGAU